UUUUAGUCUGAUGUAAUUAAUGCCUGCUUGAUUUUUCUGCUGUGAUAUUCAAUGUUAUAUUGUCUUUAAUGUUCUAUCUCAUGUCAUAUUAUUCUAAGAUUACAAUACUUGCCAGAUUUAAAUGUAGUCAGUCAAUUCUCUUCUCUAAUAAGAUGCACCCAUUCAAUUUAAACACAAAAAGCUAAUAAAUAUCUAUUUCCAGGUCUAAAUUUGUUAACUCCUCCUGCCGACCACUGUCCUAUCGUCCUCGCUCCACUUGUCGCCGCCGAACCCCUCCUGCCGAUGAGUAUCCUCUUUCUUCCUGGGCACAAAACACAAAAGCUCCCAUUAACGAGUGCCAAAAACCUGAUAAGAAACUAACCAUCUACUAUUUCACAUCCUUUAAAAUAAUCAAAAGCUAACUCUUCCAAAGAGGUCUUGCCACAAACCAGCACCAAGGACCUCAGCACGCACUAUGUGCAGGGCGAGAUCCGUGUCUCCGCUAGGGACGCCACUACCAUUGGAUCGGUAGCUUGGAUCAGCGCUGUAGCACCUCGAGUAUAUGAGAACUCGCUUGUGGUAGCUGUGGUCAAAAUUUUGGAGCGAAAUGGCGCAACUGACCUCUGGGUGCUGAUGGACGUCAUCACGAAAUUUUCGGGUGUCUAUCACACCGAUUUGGUAGCCUUGUUGAGACCGGGGUGUACAAGGAAAAGUGGGCAAUUUUCUGCUCCACCAUGCGUUCAACUUUGUCUAGGUAUAAUUCCUUGUUCUGGAGGGUUAGCAGUGGGGUGUGGAGAUUCCAAACACCCGGACGUCCACCAGGACGAGGCCGAGGGUGGUUCCCUCCAGUGGCCUGAAAGCUGCUUCUAAGAAGCGCAAGACCGGCCCAGCUGGUCAGGAGCCCGCCGCCAAAAAGCCCAAGGGCGGCUCCGCUGGUGAUCAUGCACCCGAAAAGAGUGAAGGUGACGGGCGUCCUCCGCCAACUACGUAGCACACUUGAGUGUGGCUACAUUGAUUGUUCACGCCAUCUAUGAACAACCUCGUCUCAAAAGAUGGGCUCGAAGAUGAACCUGCAGCUCGUGUUCUAAGUUCAUCAGAGUAGUCUAGAGAAGAGUUGAUAUGUAGA